CGCGGGGAUCGACUGCUCACGCCUGGAGGACGGAAGUGGGUCCGUCCAAUAUUAUCUUCCCCCCUCUCCCGUUGUGGUGAAAUGUGCGGCUCCGAACACGAAGUGAUCGAAUGAGCAGCAGCGUGUUCAAUAUUGGAAGUUGUUGUUGUUGUUGUUGUUGUUGUAAUAGCAGCCGUAGUUGCCAUGGGAACGCAGGCAGGAAGUGAAGCUGCGACGGCGGAGAGUUUCUGUCCGAGUGACGAAGAGAUCGACAAGUGGAUGUCCUGCGCGUUCGACAUGGCCAGAGACGCUCUGGAGAACGGCGAGGUGCCCGUCGGGUGUCUGAUGGUCCACGACGACGAGGUCGUAGGCAAAGGUCGCAACGAGGUCAACGAGACCAAAAACGCGACGCGCCACGCCGAGAUGGUCGCGCUGGACCAGCUGCUGGACUGGUGUCGCCGCGGCAACCGGGACGCGAGGAGCGUGUGCGAGCGAACGGCGCUGUACGUCACCGUGGAGCCGUGCAUCAUGUGCGCCGCAGCCCUGCGCCUGCUCAACAUCCCCGCCGUCGUGUUCGGCUGCGGGAACGAUCGGUUCGGAGGCUGCGGUUCGGUUCUGGACGUCUCUGCUGCAGACUUACCUCAGACUGGGACCAGCUUCAAGUGUGUUUCAGGCCACAGAGCAGAAGAAGCUGUGGAGAUGCUGAAGACUUUCUACAAACAGGAAAAUCCAAAUGCCCCAAAACCCAAAACCAGGAAGGACUGAGUUUGUAUCCAAACACACAUGUUGUACAUUUUUAUAAAUACUUUUUGUAAUUUAAUAAAUUGUAUAGAAUCA